GAACGCCGCCGGAAGCCAACCUGCCUUCGCGUCUUUCAAAAAGUCGUAGAAAACUGACCUUCCAAGAACAAAAACACUUCCUUCGCCUUUUCCACCGACUUCUGAAAUAACAGAGAGAAGGAAGAAGAGGAAGAAGAAGCAGAUAAAUCUCGGAGAUGGCGGGAUGGACGGGGAAAAGGGUCAACGUGGCGUUUUCGAAGCCAGAGGAGCCAGCUUUCUUGAAGAGGUUUAAAGAACGUGUUGGUUAUAAGGAAGAUCAAGGGAUGUCGGAUAAGUUUGCAAAGAUGCCUGAAGCGACAGACGAGGAUCUCGAAGACAAAGACGACGAACUUCCUCAGGUUGUGAGUUUAAGGUCUGGUGACUUGACGCAGGAAGAGUACGACCAACUGCGCUCGGAGGGCAAACUCGACAACCUAUUGGAAGGGGAGGAAGGGGAUGGCGAGGUUCAAGGGCCAAAGACAAGGGAAGAAGCGGAGGCACCGGCCGACGGAAAGAUAAUUUUCCGUAAACCGGUGAAGAGAAGCGGAGACGAAAAGGACGGAAAGGGCGCGGAGAAGAAACAAAAGGGAGAGGAUAAGAGCGAGAAGCGGGAGAAGAAGAGCAAAAAGGAGAAGGAGAAAGAAUUAAAGAAGAUUAAACUUUUAUCGUUUAAUGAAGAUGAGGAAGAAGAGGACUGAUGAUUUUUUUUUUUCUUUUUUCCCCUCAACUCUCGGUUAUUAUUGUUUUUUUUUGUUUGUUUGGCUAAACAAUUUGUAAAACAUAUUGUUAAGUAUUUUUAUAGAAAUAAACUGGAUUAAUGUCA